AUGCUUUGGCUCAACGCAAGAGACGAGACAUCACUCAGGCAAAGCUUCCAACUAGCGGCCCGGCGAAUCUUACGGGAGCACCCGACUGUGGCGUAUGUACAGAACGCCAUGGUCAAUCAGGACCUCGACGAGACGACGGAAGCCGUGAAGCGAUGGCUAGAUGAAGCGAGAAACGACCGCUGGCUGGUUGUCUACGAUAACUACGAUGAUGUCAGAUUCGAUGGCCGUGGUGGUGCGGAUCAAAGUGCCCUACGUAUUGCGGAGGAGGGUGGGCCUGUCUCUAGUAAGACAAGUCAAACUGAGACAGCAGACUCAAAGGCGUACGAUAUCCGUCCAUACUUCCCCGAAACCGACCACGGCGCUAUCGUCAUCACAACCCGAUCCUCAACGGUGAAACUAGGGCAGUUGAUCCGAAUGAGUAAGCUUAGCGAUGUCAAAGACAGCUUAGCUAUACUGGAGUCAACAUCCAGUCGUGCCCAUCUGAGCCAGAAUCCCGAUGCUUAUACGCUUGCGCGGCGACUUGACGGCCUUCCGCUUGCCCUCUCAACGGCUGGAGCGUACCUUAACCAAGUAUCGACGACCUGCGCCGAGUAUCUCCGGCUAUACGACGAAUCAUGGCUGCGAUUACAGAGAGAGAGUCCGCAGCUAUUAGAUUACGACCAAGCGUUGUACUCGACAUGGGGAGUCUCAUUCAACCACAUUCGGCAGCAAAGCAGAGGUGCAGCUAUGCUCCUUCGACUUUGGGCAUAUUUCGACAACGAGGACAUAUGGUACGAACUGCUGCAGGAUGUGGGUUCAGAGGGGCCGCUUUGGCUACAAGACAUAACGGAAGACACGCUCAGCUUCAAUGCAACAAUGAGAGUUCUUUGCGAGCAUGGACUAGUAGAGGCGGACCCUACUACAAAUGAGACGGGGGGAGAGUCACCAGGAUAUAGUGUGCAUGGAUGUGUUCAUACGUGGAUGAUACACGUACUGAACACGGGAGUCGAUGAGGAGAUGUCUUUAAUAGCGAUGAGAUGCGUAGCAUGGCAUGUCCCAAGCUAUAAGCAGCAAGAGUAUUGGAUAGUGCAAAGACGACUUUUACAACAUUCAGACCGAUGCAUCACAAGGACAGCGACAGACGCGGUAGAGGAAGAAGAUGCAUGGAUGUUUCACAAGCUAGGCAUUCUCUUCUCCAAACAGGGCCGACUUAAGGAGGCCGAGGCGAUGUACCAGCGGGCUCUUCAAGGCAAGGAGAAGGCACUGGGACCAGACCACACGUCAACACUCGACUCAGUCGGUAAUCUAGGUAACCUUUACUCGGACCAGGGCCGACUUAAGGAAGCCGAGGCGAUGUACCAGCGGGCUCUUCAAGGCUACGAGAAGGCACUAGGGCCAGACCACAUAUCGAUACUCAACACGGUCGGUAAUCUAGGUAACCUUUACUCGAACCAGGGCCGACUCAGAGAGGCCGAGGCAAAGUACGAGCGGGCUCUUCAAGGCUACGAGAAGGCACUAGGACCAGACGCCAUAAAGACAUAUAUUCCCGCCUUGAACACACUUCAGAACCUUGGGUCUUUGUUUGAGAAGCUUGGCGAGAAUAGCAAAGCUAUCUCAUAUUACCAUCAGGCACAGAACAGCCUCUUAUCCGUACAAGGGCCACAGAACGAGCGGUAUACAUAUCUAUCUGACAAAAUCGCCUUAUUACAGCUUAUUAUACAAGGGACAGAUAUUUCCUGUUGCGAAGAGAAGCCAGAACGAGGGCUGAAAGCUAAAUAG